UCGUGUCGGCCGAUUCGUUGACUCGCAUCUCACCUCUCAUAGGACGAAUUGAAUGGCUGAUCAAGUUAAUUUACCCGGCGGUAGGAAGGUGAUCUGUGGCGCCUAGCUCACUCACCCGGACUCUCGCACCGUCGCUAUCUCCAAUGUUGCACGGUGUUAAGUUUUUUUAAACGUCGAUUUCUGGAUGUUUUUUUUUCUGCUGUAAGGAUAUUAGUGUGGACACUGGCAAUAAAAGUAGCGUCAGAUGGUGACACAGGCAUGGUCAAUUGGAACCCUGUGAAUGCACGUGCUGAUAUCUGCUCAACACUUCCGGUGAUGGUCAGCCCCAUACGACAAUGACGUCACCACAGAUUAGGAUGAAAGACGUGACCUCUCCACUGUACCAGGUCAAGGUGACAUCGCCAUGCCAACAGCUCCAAACGUCGUCUACCAUUCGCCAGGCCAAACUCUACAUUUUCACCUGCCUGGUCGUGUUCAGCCUGGCCAACCUCGUUCUGCUUCAGGUGUACCACGUGUUCGUCGUGUCGUCUGCUCAAAAUGGCGGACCGGAAACGAACACUUUCAGUAAUGAAAGAAAUAAUUUCCGGAAGUCGUCUCUAGACACUGAGAAUGGUUCGUAUAGUGUAAACAAAUUGACUAACUCCGAGCCCCCACUGGGGCAAAUAUUGAACGACAACAAAGGGCGGCACGACGUUCUCAAAGGUCACAUCCGGAAGUUAAUGGGCCACGCUGACGUAACCGGAUAUUUGAAAUGGUUUUACAUCGCGACGAAAGAACCCGUUCCGAAAUUUGUAACUUUCGGCGAUUUUAAAUCGAGUGUGGACAGCGAGGAAGGCAUGGAUUUGUUAACGUGUUCGGACAUUGAGGAAAUGCAGGAACCGACGUACGUGGCCAGGGGAUGGACCAAGGUCGUCCACAAGGGCGUGGUGCGCGGCAGGCAUGUGGCGGUGAAGACCGUGGACGCUGGGGGACGGGACGUCCAAAGUUGUCUGGACAAGGGCGGGAACGUGACCGGGUGCUACAACAGGGCGGCGGCUAAGAUCGUCAAGGAGAUUCAGCUGCUCAAGUCGCUGGUCCAUGAGAAUGUGGUCAAGGUUUUAGGGUUCUGUAUUUCACCGACGGCGUUUGAUGCGGAUCUCAAGCUCACGGUUGCCAUGGUGACUGAACUGGGAGAACCUAUUGAUCUGAUCAGACUAUUACAAAUGACAUGGGAAGAUCGACUACGGAUCUCCUACGACGUGACGAAGCUGAUCCAGUUUUUGUCGUCCUCGCCUCGAGGUUCGCUGGCUCUCAACGACUUUCAGAGGACGCAGUUUGUUCUAGUCAACGGCAGUCUAAAACUCUCCGACGUCGAUGAUGCAGAUUUUGGCGAGCAGGCUUGCGCGAGCGAUGACGAGUGUCUCUUUAAGUAUGAUGACGUCAGCAUUACAAAAAGGUUAGAAUGUGUGCACGGUCAUUGCAAACACCAAAACGAAUACGCUAACAUCAUGAAAACAGGGCGGUAUUUCAUAUCAGUUCUCCUGCCGUUCGGGGCGCCCGCCUCCCUGCAGCCCCUCAUCGACACGGUCCUUGAAGGCUAUGAGAACCUGACGAUGAACACGGACCAGCUCCUGCGUGCGAUGGACGAGAUCGUUGGAGAGUAUCAGAGCGGCAGAUACCUAGGCGAGAACAGGCUCACUGCGCAUGACGGAACCAGAGAUUACCACCUGUACACCUCCAGUGACCUACCUGGCCAAUACGACUACAGAUGUCGCCUGUCCAUGUCCAGCGUAUCCUGCACGCUCUCUGUGUUUGACCUGCUUGAGGCCCAGCACAUCUGUGAUAGGGACAGCGAGUGUCAAGGCUUUAUAUGGACCCAGCAGAAAACAUGGACAGGCAGGACUUUGGUUCAUUUUAAAAACGGAAUUACGUCCCCUUCAAGUAAUCAACUUACGGAUCUUUACAUCAAGGGAGAUAAGUCAGGGUAAAAAAAGAAUGAGCUUUCAACUGUGGCCUACAAUUUACUUUGUAAAUAGAUACAUUUUGCGUUAAUAUUUUUAUG